CAGCUACAUAUUGUUAUUGGAUCCACAAGCAUUUUUAAACUAAACAAUAAUGGGUGGAAAGUCAACGACAAAAGCUUGCUUCUUCUGCUUCUUCCUCUUCCACUGCACUAUUUCCACUGAUAUCUUCCCUAAACAAGCUCUCCCUACAAAAUCUGGGUAUCUCACAGUGAAUCCAGCUUCCAAUUCCGCCAUUUUCUAUACUUUCUAUGAAGCCCAAACCCCUACGUCACCUCCUUCUCAAACCCCACUUCUUAUUUGGCUCCAAGGUGGUCCCGGUUGCUCUUCCAUGACCGGAAAUUUCUUCGAGCUUGGACCCUGGCGUGUCGUUUCUUCUUUCAGGCAAAACGUGGAACACUUGUCGCUCGAGCCAGAUCCAGGUGCUUGGAAUCGUUUAUUCGGUUUGCUUUUUCUUGAUAAUCCUAUUGGAACAGGGUUUAGUAUAGCUUCAACACCUCAAGAGAUUCCUAGAGAUCAAAUCUCUGUUGCUAAGCAUCUGUUUGUUGCCAUAACAGGGUUUAUAUCGUUAGACCCUUUGUUUAAGCAUCGUCCGGUUUAUAUUACCGGCGAAAGUUAUGCUGGGAAGUAUGUUCCUGCAAUUGGGUAUUACAUUUUGAAGCAAAACAAUGAAUUGGUAGAUUCAGAAAGGGUUAAUUUGAGAGGUGUCGCCAUUGGUGAUGGGUUCUCUGACCCUGAAACUCAGUUAGCUACACAUGGUGUUACUGCUUAUUAUUCUGGUUUGAUUAAUGAUAAGCAAAGAGAUGAGUUAGAACAAGCUCAAUGGGAAGCAAUCAAGCUAGUUAAAAUGGAGAAAUGGAGUGAAGCAACUAAUGCUAGGACAAAAGUAAUGGAUUUAUGGCAAAACAUGACAGGGUUAGCCACUUUAUAUGAUUUCACAAAGCAAAAGCCAUAUCAAACAAGCUUGGUCACCAAGUUUCUCAACAUAAAUGAGGUUAAAAAGGCUUUGGGGGUGAAUGAAUCCAUGGUGUUUGAGAGUUGUAGUGGGGUUGUAAGGGCUGCAAUGCAUGAAGAUAUGAUGAAGAGUGUGAAAUACAUGGUGGAAGCUUUAUUGGGAAACACUAGGGUGUUGUUGUACCAAGGGUUGUAUGAUGUGAAAAUUGGUGUGGUACCAAAUGAAGCUUGGGUGAAGACAAUGAAAUGGAAUGGGAUUAGGGAGUUUUUAAUGGCUGAUAGAAUGAUUUGGAGAGUUAAUGGUGAGGUUGCUGGUUAUGUGCAAAAAUGGGAGAACUUGACCAAUGUUGUGGUUUUAGGGGGUGGUCAUAUUUUGCCUACCGAUCAGCCAUUAAAUUCUCAAGCAAUGAUUGAAGGUUGGGUUUUAGAGAGUGGACUCUUUGGUGGGGAGGUGAAGGAUGCUUAAAACCAUGCAUUUAAUGAACCUUAUUGUAACCAUCAUGGGUCGGGUUAGGUUGAGCACUCAUUAACAUCCUUGCUCUCAAUCAUUGAUCAUAGGCUUAAUUCAAGUAAUGAUGGCUCAUUGUUAUUAAUUUUAUGGCCUUGAUAGCCUCCCAUUUGCUUGUAAAUUUUUUUAUUGUGAAAUGAAUUAAUUAAUUAAUGAUUAA